GUGGGAACAAGGAGCCACCUGAAGGUUUGUUAAAGCCAUCACUGUGGAGCAGAGGCCAAGCCCAGGCCAAGCCCUGCUGGGCUCAGCUGGAGGAUCUGGAACAGUACCGAGAUCAGCAGUGCUGCAGGGCCAGCAGCAAGGUCUGAGUGCACCCUGCAGGGAAUGCUGUGGCAUCAGGACGUGCCAGCAAUGCUCCACCAUCGGCAGUGCCCUGGGAGCCCUCGGUGAGGCCAGAGCAGGCCCCCAGAUUUGUGCACCCAAGCGCGGGCACAGCUCCAUCUGCUGCCAAAUCGGGUGCCCAUCGCCAUCUGCUCUGGGGGAAACCAUCCCGAAGGGCAGAGUUUGGUGAGCCAGAGCCCAUCAGAAGGUUCAGAUGCAGGACUGCCAUCGAAGGAAGCAAGUCUGGCAUCAAGGAACAAUCGGAUCGUCGGUGCCAUUCCCCGCCAGAGACCGAGGGGAAAGCGCUCAGCAGCCUGAGGCUGGCCCGCCGCAGGGGCUGAACGCGGCAAGGCCCCGGGCCUCGCAGGGAAGGGCGCGGCGGAGGUCCCGCGGCUCGGCCAGGAUCACUCCGGGGAUGGGCGGCCCCAGCCCACACGGCACGCCAGGCCCAGCGCCCACCGCGGGCUAUGGAACGGGAGCUGGAGCGCCGGGGCUGCACGGCUCACCCGAGGUAAGGACCUCGGCUGGGGGAACGCGCUACCGGGUCGGAUCGGGCCGAGCCGGGCGGGAAACCGAGGGAGGGGAGAGAACGGUGUGACCACACCGAGCGCCCCCAGCCCGCUCCCGGCCCAGGCCCGCCGCCACUUCCGCCUUCCCGUCACGUGGCCAGCGCAACCCGGCGCGACGCCGACGCUCAGGGCCCGGGCGCCGCUUCCUGACGCCAUGACGCAGGGCCGCACCACCGCCGACCCUUCCGCGGGGAAAGUAGUCCCUGGCGGGGCGCCGAGGCCUCUCCCCUCCCGCGGGGAGCGGGCGGCGCCGGGAGGCGCCUGAGGCGGCGGCCGGGGCGAGGAGUGCAUCUCCGCCGCGGCGAGCGCUGCAGACGGGGCAGGGGCUGGGCGGCGGGCGAGCGUAGCGUGCCCCGGCAGGGCGGGCAUGGAGGAAAAUGCGGUGGAGAGCAGCAGCGACGCGACCCCGCAGGCGGCGCGGGAAGAGCCCACCGAAAGCGGGCUGGGCGUCGGGAGCUCGGUGGCCGUGUCGGCGGACAGCAGCGAUGCCGCCGCGGGUCCCGGGCUCCCCUCCCGGGCCGAUGACUCGUCCGUGGGGCAGAGCUCCGACAGCAAUAGGGUCUCCUUGGAAGAGGUCUCGGAGAGCAGCUCCAGCACAGAUGUAAUUCCAAGGAUUUACCUGCCGGACUCAUCCUCUAUUGCCCAGUCCACCUUGGUCUCCAGUGUCUCCACUGUGAGCCAGUCCAUCAUGGUGUCAGAGUCCCCACAAGUCCUGGUCCACUCCAGUGUCGUCACCGAUGGAGCCACAGUUGUGUCAGACUCCACUUCCUCAGACCUGGGCUCUGCCAUUGACAAAAUCAUCGAGUCCACAAUAGGACCUGACAUCAUCCAGAGCUGCAUCGCUGUUACCAGUGCAGAGGAUGGAAAGGCAGAGACCACGCAGUACCUCAUUCUGCAAGGCCCUGAUGAUGGUGCCCCCAUGGUGUCCCAGAUGGCCACUUCUGCUCUAGCCAAUAGCUUGGCGAUAGAAGCUGUUGCUGAUGGACCUACCUCCACGUGCCUUGACCAGCCUGGCCCUUCAAAGCCUUCCAGGCAGCUGGAAGUGCUGGCACUGCCUGUAAAGCCAGACCGAGCCAUAAAGACAGAUACUGGGGAGGAGCUGGACCAACCUGACAUGGAGACCCUGGAAGAGAUGAUGGAAGUGGUUGUGGUGCAGCAGUUCAAGUGCAAGAUGUGUCAGUACAAGAGUGUCUCUAAGAAAACACUGAUUAACCACAUGAAAGAGCGUCACUUCCAGCCAGUGGGUUCAACUCUGGCUCUGAAGAGAGGACGACUGCGAAAGGUGGGAGCUGUUCGAAAGACUGAGGAUGAGGAGGCCCCAGAAGAAGAUGAUGAUAUUAUGGAUGCUGGUGCUAUUGAUGAUCCUGAAGAGGACAGUGACUACAACCCAGCUGAGGAUGAGCCUCGGGGGCGACUGCCCAAGUGUGGCCGCACUGUCCCCACGUCCAGCGAGGAGAGGUCACGUCGACGCCCAGGGAGACCCCGCAAGCUGCUUCGUCUGGAGAACAUGUCUCAGGACAUGCCAGAAGGAGGGGAGGUGGAGCCCUUGGUGACGUCCCAAAGCACCCCAAGCCAGGAGCUGCAGAACUUGGAAGCAGCCAGUUCCUCCGGCCUGGAGAAUGGGACCAGCGAGAACCUGGCAGAGCCCAGUGUCAGCCAGUCUGACUCUGAGAACAAGGACCCUUCCUCCAACACGGGUGCUGAGGAUGCAGAUGUCAUCCCCCGUCGACGCGGGCGGCCCUCCCGCCGCUUCCUGGGCAAGAAAUACCGCAAGUACAUGGGGCGCAGGUACUACUACAAGUCCCCCAAGCCCCUGAUGCGGCCCUACCUGUGUCGGAUCUGUGGCUCACGGUUUCUCACACACGAGGACCUGCGCUUCCAUGUCAACUCACACGAGGCCAAUGACCCGCAGCUCUUCAAGUGUCUUCAGUGCAGCUACCGCUCACGGCGCUGGUCCUCCCUCAAGGAGCACAUGUUCAACCACGUGGGCAGCAAGCCCUACAAGUGUGAGGAGUGCAAUUACACCAGCGUGUACAAGAAGGAUGUCAUUCGACACUCCACAGUGCACAGCCGGGACAGGAAGAAGAGAGCUGAUCCGCCACCAAAGCUGAACUCCUUCCCAUGCCCUGUCUGCAACCGUGUCUACCCCAUGCAGAAGAGGCUUACGCAGCACAUGAAGACACACAGUACAGAGAAACCACACAUGUGUGACAAGUGCGGGAAGUCCUUUAAGAAGCGUUACACCUUCAAGAUGCACCUGCUGACGCACAUCCAGGCCAUUGCCAAUCGCAGGUUUAAGUGUGAGUUCUGUGACUACGUCUGCGAGGACAAGAAGGUCCUGCUGAACCACCAGCUGUCACAUAUGAACGACAAGCCCUACAAGUGCAGCGUCUGCAAGUAUUCCACCUUCCGGGAGGACUUCCUGGUCUCACACAUGGCAGUCAAGCACACAGGAGGGAAGCCGUUUGCGUGCGAGUUCUGUCACUUCACCACCAAGCACAAGAAGAACCUGCGCCUGCACGUGCAAUGCCGCCACGCCGACUCCUUCGAGGAGUGGGCACAGAGGCACCCCGAGGAGCCGCCCUGCCGCCGCCGCCCCUUCUUCACCCUGCAGCAGAUCGAGGAGCUGAAGCAGCAGCACAGCCAGGUGCAGGCACCGGCUGAGCCGGAGGCCAGCCCACCGGCACCUCUUGGCCCUGUCACCUGCCACACGGUCCAGGCUGUCGCAGGAGCAGAGCCCUCUGUUCUCUCGCAAGGUUCCCUGGAAGGGGCCACCAUCAUCUAUGAACAAGAUGUGGCUGGAUCAGCAGAGCUGGCCACGCAGACAGCCCUGGAUCUCCUGCUGAACAUGAGCACCCAGCGGGAGCUGGCCACUGGCUCACUGCAGGUGGCAGUGGUGAAGCCAGAUGACCCAGGAGAGACACCAGGCCCCUGUGAGCUGCAGGCACAGGAGGAGGACGCAAAGGUGGACUCUAAAGAGCAGCAGCAAAAGUUGGUGAUGCUGCACAUGGCAGAGUCUGGGCAGACACUUGUGCAGGAGGCUUAUGGGGAAGCAAGCCUGAGUGGCUCGGAGCUGCAGCAGAUCACCAUCCCCUUCGAUGGAACAGCAGAGUACAGCAUCGUCGCACCCAUCAGCGAGGCGAUCCAGGCUCCUGCCACGCUGUACAGCAGUGAGGAGGAGAGUCCUGUGGAGACCUCCCACACAGUUGUGGUGAGCGGAGCUGUGGUGACAGAGGAGGCGCUGAAGGACCAUAGCAAUCACUACAUCAUGUCAUCCAGUGUCCCAGGGAGCCAGUUCCAGACUGUGGAGCCCCUCAGCGGGGAUGCUGCCUUUUCCUCACCUGCGGAGGGCCAGGAGGCACAGCCCGCCAGCGUCAAGUGGCCCCUGGUGCAGUGUGUCACCAGGCAGCUCCAGAAGGACUCGUCUUUAUCCCCAGCGUCCGAGGGGCAGGAAGUCUCAUUCCCAAAGAUCAAGUGGCCUGCACUCCAAGGCGUGGCCAAGAAGCUCACGUGCAAGGUUUCCACAGCCAAGAAGCUCUCAUGCAAGAUUUCCUCAGCCAAAAAGUUUUCAUGCAAGAUUUGCACAGCCAUGUUCACAGGGAGAGCGGAGAUGGAGAGUCACAAGAGAGCCCACAUUGGGCCCAGCACCUUCAAGUGUCCCGACUGUCCCUUCACUGCCACACUCUGGCCAGAGGUCCGGAGCCACAUGGUUCAACAUGCCAACCUUCGGCCACACAAGUGCCCCCACUGCAGCUUUGCCUCCAAGAACAAGAAGGACCUGCGCAGGCACAUGCUGACCCACACCAAUGAGAAGCCCUUCGCCUGCCAGGUCUGUGGGCAGAGGUUCAACCGUAAUGGGCACCUCAAGUUCCACACGCAGCGUUUGCACAGCUCAGAGGGCAAAAGGCCAGGGCCAGCUGCUGCCCAGCAGACCAUCAUCCUGAACAGCGACGAGGACACCCUGGCCACCCUACACACAGCUCUGCAGGCUGGCCAGGCUGUGCUGGCUCCUGAGCGGCUGCAGCAGGCUCUGGGCCAGGAGCACAUCCUUGUUGCACAGGAGCAGAGUGUCACCAGCCAGGAGGAGGCAGCCUAUAUCCAGGAGAUCACAACUGCUGAUGGACAGACAGUACAGCACUUAGUGACUGCUGACAACCAGGUUCAGUACAUUAUUGCCCAGGAAGGCGUCCCGCACUUGCUUCCCCAAGAGUACGUUGUUGUCCCAGAGGGACAUCACAUCCAGGUACAGGACGGUCAGAUCACACACAUCCAGUAUGAGCAGGGUGGGCAGUUCCUCCCGGAGUCACAGAUCCAGUACAUGCCCGUGUCACCUGAGCAGCAGCUCGUCACCCAGGCACAGCUGGAAGCAGCAGCACACUCAGCUGUCUCAGCAGUGGCGGAUGCAGCCAUGGCCCAGGCGCAGGGCGUCUUCACCGCUGAGGCAGCGGCCGAGCAGAUGCAGCAGCUGCAGCCGGGCAUCCACUACGACGUCAUCACGCUGUCGGACUAGCACGGGGCAGGCCCGCGCCGGGCUGGCCGCGCCGGCAGCAGCCGCCCCAGCCAGCAGUUGCCUUAUUGUGCCGGGGCUGCGAAGGACGCACCUGAGCCGUGGCAGCACAGACACAACCGGGGACACGCUGCCGCUCAGCCCUGUGCCGUGGAGUCCUGCACCUCCCCACAGAGACUGCUCAGCAGCCACGGGGGCAGCCCUGGUGUGGAUGAUCUCUUUGCCUGUUGCACUUGACGGUCUGAAAUCCCUUUUCCUGAACGGUCUGUGUGGGCAGCCAUGGAUUGGUGUCUGCCCAGCACGUUAGGAUCCUGGGGAAGGCCGUAGGGCUGGGCGCAACUGUGUGGUGCAGUGUCAAAGGCAAGGUGUGUGCCACAGCCACUGCUCCCUGCAGUGGUCAGUGGUGCUAGUGUGCCAGCAGCCAGCCCUCCUGUGGUAUCUCCAGCCUGCAGGCAGGCAGCAGCAGGGCUCUGGACUGGAGGAACCCGAGGAGAAGGAGGUGGAAGAUGCUCUAUUUUUCUUCUGAAGAGAGAUGGACUCUCAUGUUAGUCCGUUGGUGGUUGAAGGGUUCAGCUGUGACAUUCUCAAGCUUUGAUUAUGCUUAUGAAUAAAAAGGGAUGGAGAGCUA